AUGUUAGCCUACAUAAUCGGGCUUACUGUAGCUGCGGUUGGCGCUGUUGUAAGUUUUUUUUAGUUAAAACAGUGAUUUACUAGUAUUUUAAGCUCCUUUAAUUUGAAAUACUGGUUUUGUAGGUUGUUGUAUGGUAUAGGUACUGUCUUGUAAGAUAUUUUUGUUAUUUCCUAUUUUGUUCUUGACCAAUAAAUUGAGUUUCUAGACUUUUCUGAUCAAUUUUUGACCGGUAAUUUCAUUUUCGUUAGUUUUUUCUUAUAAAAUCGUUUAUAAUGCCAGUUUGGUGAAAAAUUACAUAGAAGCCUCUGUCUAGUAAAACCACGUCUAUUUUUGUUACUUUCUACAAACUUUUCGACCAAGACGUAAAUUCAAAGUACCAAGUUUCUACAGUGGAACUCCUGUAUAACGAAACGCUCGCGGACUUGAAAUUUGUUCGUUAUAAAGGAGUUUCGUUAUACAGGAGUUUUAAAAGCACUAGUGGUAGACGGGGAUUCAAAAGCCGUUCGUUAUACGGGAUUUUCGUUAUAGAGGAGUUAGUUAUACAGGAGUUCCACUGUAGUUAUUUUAUUUUGAGACCUAAGCCAUUACCUUAAACUCACUCCUCUUUAGUUGUUACUCACCCUUCUGUUAAAACAAAAAAAACCUUAUAAAUUCUCAAGAAUCAGUAGCAAAACCUAUGUAAAACAAUAUUCUUCAGCAAUACAAAGGCUACACCAUACCAACCGAUAAAACCGGAAUUAUCGACCGGUCGUAUCGUUUCGAAAACUUCCCUAAAUUCAUCAAAAACGAAGACAACUUUCAUUAUUUUUGUAAGAAUGUGUACAACCUACAGAACGGCAUGAGUCGGCACGAUGCUGAGAACUGGGUCAAAAACUUUUGUUGCAAACGAAAUGAGAAAGAGGCUUGUAAAAAGUAUUUCGCGUUGGAACACAAGCGACAAGGGCUGAUCAACGCCACACUCGCAUAUUAUCAUGGCAAGGCCAAAAUGAGAAAACUGGCCAAGUCCAUCAUUGAGGAUGUUCAGGUAGGUUGCUAAAUACUAUAUAUGAGCCCCAAAGGAAAUUUUUUUUUAAAUUGAGAAAUCACCAAACCGCACAUCUUUCAUAAAAGAAGACCUCUCUAUCCUUCCCCUCUCACAUAAAAAACCAGCCCAAAAGUCCUAGCCUCUAACCAAACAUCCAAAAUUUCCUAUUCCAGCUAGUCAGAGGAGACAAAUGCUUGUCGAUUGCCGAAGAAUGUUAUAUUACAAAUGGCAUGAAGUCAUUGAUUCUCCACUACGAUCGUCACAUUGUGAAGACUGUCACCGAGAACUGUAGACAUCGAGCUGAAGUUAAGCCCUACUGGAAGAAGAAGACAUGUUAUUCACAGUUGGACCCCGCUGAGAAGAGUGUUUACGCCUUUUUGAGAUCGUAG